UAGACAGGAAAUUGUGCAGCAGAAGGAAGCUGAACCUGCAGAGCGGGAUAUGAAAGUCCUGCUCCUCACUGAUUUUCUUAUUCCCCUUCACUGUAGAAACAGGGUCAGGAGAAGACGGAAGGCCUGAGGUCAAAAGGAUCGAUGCUUUUCUUUGCGUGGAGGUUCUCCACAUCACUAUUGGGAGAUCAGACCAGCAACAGAAUAUGGAAGCUGCCUUGUGUGGGCACAGACGGAGGGCUCUCUCCAGGCCUCUAGCAGACCUCCCUCAAGGGAUAUGUUUUAAAUAGAAAGAGUAAUCAGGGCCUGAAGACAUAGUGCUCUCUCUCUCUCUCUCUCUCUCUCUCUCUCUCUCUCUCUCAGGGCUCUCAAUCCUCCCCACCACCACCACCAAGAGAAGGGAAAUUUGCAAAGUAUAUCUAGUUGGGCCAAGGAAAGGAAAUCCAUUGUCAUCAUCUUUUCAGAAAGAAUUAUGGCUCUGUCUGCCCUGUACUGCCUGACAGAAGCAAAGCUGGCUUCUGAAGAGGAAAUCAGACUCUUUCCCAUCUCUUCAGAACCACAAAGAAGGAACCAGGAAUCAAUCAUGAGUGAGAUGUCCGAGAAGAAUCCUAUGAUGGAUGCCCUGCUUGAGUUGAGAUGCCACUUCACAUGGGAUUUAAUGAGAAUAGACAUAUACUUGCCUGAUUUAGAAAACAGAAUUCUGGAUGAGAUUGAGUUCCUGGACACAAAAUUCAAUGUGGGAAUUCACAACAUGUUGGCCUACGUGAAGCAUAUGAGGGGUCAAAACGAGAAGGCUCUAGAAAGCUUGAGAGAGGCUGAAGAAUUGAUUCAAAAGCUGAAUGAUGAUAAUCAAGGAAAGAUAAAAAGCCUUGUGACCUGGGGAAACUAUGCCUGGAUCUAUUAUAACAUGGACAGACUCCCUGAAGCCCAGACUUACCUGGAGAAGGUAGAAGCAAGUUGUAAGAGGCUUUCAAGCCCCUUCCGCUAUAAAGUAGAACUUCCAGAAAUUGACUGUGAGGAAGGGUGGGCCCUGCUCAAGUUUGGAAAGGAGUAUUAUGAAAAGGCCAAAGCUUGUUUCCAAAAGGCCCUGGAAUCAGAGCCUGAGAACCCUGAAUUUAACACUGGAUUCGCGAUUACGAUGUACCGUCUGGAUUGUCAUCAAAAUAUUUCUCCAGAACCUAGUAUUUCUCUAGAGCCGCUACGACGGGCAGUCGCAAUCAACCCAGAAGAUGCUUACCUUAAAGUUCUUCUUGCCAUGAAGCUCCAAGGCCUUAAACAAGAGAAAGAAGGAAAAAAGUACCUUAAAGAAGCUUUAGAAAAUAUGUCAUCACAGCCCUACAUUCUUCGCUAUGCAGCCAAAUUUUAUGGCAAGAAAAGGCGCCUGGAUAAAGCUUUGCAUUUCUUAAAAAUUGCUUUGCAAGCCACUCCGUUCUCUGCUGUCCUACAUCACCAGAUGGGAUUUUGUUACAAGUUGAAAAUGAUUGAAAUCAAGAAAGCUACCAACUACAAGCCACAAGGCAGGGAUAGACAAGAUCUUGAUGAAAUAAUUCAAUCAGCCAUAUUUCAUUUUAAAACUGCGACAGAGUACAGACCCACAUUUGAGGUAAGUCACAUAGAACUAGGCAACAUGUAUGCAGAAGCAGGUGACUUCCAAAAAGCAGAAGAAAGCUACCAGAGGGUACUAAAUAUGAAACAACUUCAAGAUAAGAUAAAGCAAGAGGUCCUCUAUAACUAUGGCCAGUUUCUAGAGUUUCACAAGAGGUCUGAGGCUGAUGCUUUCACCCUUUACCUGGAAGGACUAAAAAUAAACCCAAAAAAUAAAUGGCUUCUAAUUGCUUUGGAGAAACUCGCUAAAAAGCGUCUUCAGAGAAAUGCAUCAGAUGUAGAGAGUUUGAGUCUCCUAGGAUUCAUCCAUAAAAUGAAAGGAGAUCCAGGACAAGCCAUACAGCUGUACGAGACAGCUCUAAAGGCGGGCUCCUCCCUUCUGCUUUCUGGAACACCUCUGUUCCCUCCAGAUGCUGCUCAAGAAGCACUAGCUUCUUCUUGAAGCCUUUCCAGAUCCCCUCAGUUGCCACUGCAUUCUUUUCUCAGCAAACACCUUGUAUCUGCAGAG